AUGUAUGAAGAUGGGAGCCAAUCUUCAACCAAUAUGUCUGGCAAAUGCCAUCUAUACUGCCCUGUAAAUUGCUCUUGUAAUGGUUUGUCCUUGACCUGUUCCUCUGAUAACGCACCGACUUAUGCCACUUCCUUAACUUUUCAUGGUUUAGUGCAAGAAAGCCUGGAAAUAAAUAAGGAAAGGUUCCCAAAUGUUAGGGAACUAAAUAUAUUGCACUCUAAAGUUAUAUUUCUUAAUGUCAAUGAGUAUCUGCAAAUAGAAACCAUUUCAAUCAAAUACAGUGAAAUUGACACAGUUGUCAUUCAUAGAUUACAGGAAGGUAUAUUUCGCUAUAUAGGUAUAAUAGGAAGUUCGCUAGUAAGACUCCGUAUCCUUCAAUAUUGGAUUCGAUAUGUUGAAUUCCGUGUUCAAAACAGUUCUUUAAAUGACACUACAUCUGAUCUCGAAGUGUACGAUGGAGAAAACAGUUUAACAAUGACAAAGACUCGAGGUUUUCCUGCUUUCAUAAGGUCUAAGAUUUCCAUGGUAAUUAAUUUUACUUCUUGUAAUCUAACUGAACAACAAGACCUCUACUACAACACCAUUGUGUUUGAUUUAAGUCACAACUUAUUAAAGAGUUGGAAAAUGAUAUCAUACACGCAGAUUUUAUAUAUUCAUCACAAUUUACUCACCUCAUUGAAUUACACGGUUGAUAUCAGGCAAUCAGAACCUCGCUUGCAGUACCUUGAUCUUUCCUACAAUAAAAUAUUUAGAAUUUACAACGAAGAUAUGAGUAAUUUACCAAACUUGUUAUAUCUAAUGCUUCAAAAUAAUCGUUUAACAUAUAUUGAAGAUAAAGCGUUUGAAAAAUUGUCUGAAUUGAUUUAUUUGGAUUUGUCAAAUAAUCAACUGAAAAUCUUGAAGCGCAGUCAUUUCCUACAUCUUUCAAGCUUGCAGUAUCUAUACAUUCAGAAUAAUUAUGUUCAAGUAACUGAGGGCAUGUUUGACGGCUUAAUGAAUAUUUUGUACCUUCAGGUCGAUUCCUAUACACUUUGUUGCGCCCAACCUAAGGCUGUAAGCAAGAUACAAUGUUUAGCCCCUAUCAAUGAAAUAUCGUCCUGCUCUCAGUUGAUAGACAUUCCCCUUCUUAGUAUCAUUAUUUGGUACAUAGCCCUUUUCGCAGUUUUUGGAAACAUUUUUGGAACAUUCUAUGGACUAUAUAUAAGGAAAACAAAGUCCUCUUUCGUGAUUUAUUCCAUAAACCUGGGUAUUGCAGAUUUUUUGAUGGGUAUCUAUCUAUAUAUAAUAGCUGGAGCAAACAUUAAAUUUAGUGGCCGCUAUGGAUUUGAGGAUAACGCAUGGCGACAUAGUCCUUCCUGUACUUUUGCUGGUGUUUUAGCCACUCUUUCCAGUGAGGCAUCUGCUCUGUUUGUUCUCUCUAUCACUAUUGACAGAAUACUUAUCGUCCGAUUUCCAUUCUCAGUGUUAGGGCAGAGAAUUCGGAUAGCAAAAAUUACAUCAGGUUUUGUUUGGGUCAUUUCUCUCCUUCUGUCGUUGUUGCCCCUGUUCGGAAAUGAAUACUUUGAAGACUAUUACUCCAGUUCCGGUAUAUGCAUCUCUUUACCUCUGUCUGUUCUACGUAAACCUGGAUGGGAAUAUUCUAUGGCUAUUUUCGUUGGGGCCAAUUUUGUGAUAUUUAUCGGUAUCCUGAUUGGACAGCUUGUAAUAUUUGUGGAUGUUGUUCGAAUGGGGAAAGAUGUGACUUCGCAACCACUGAAUCAGAGAAGGAGGGAGAUCGACUUGGCAAAGACCUUAAUUGUAGUUGCAGUCACAGAUAUGUUUUGUUGGAUUCCAAUAGGAACAAUAGGACUCCUGACGCUCAUGGGUACUGACGUUACGACUAGAGUAUACGCAUGGAUAAUUGUCGUAGUUCUUCCAAUAAACUCGGCUCUGAAUCCACUCAUCUACACAUUUUCUGCAAUUUUGCGACAGAAAGGGCAACAGGUAGAAAGAAAUAUAUCGAUAAGUUUCUAAAUCUUUGAUCAAAUGGAACAUUUUAAGAUUAAUAUGGGGUUUUAGUGUUACAUUAAAUAUUUCUAAAUCAAUAAUUCCCUAGAAAUAUUGACCUCAAUUCAGACUGUUUAUAAUAAAAUGUAAUACAACAUCCACGCUCACAUUGUAUAUACCAUUUCAGAGAGUCAGCUCUACGAAAACAAAAGAAAUUAUCAAGAACAAUGAAGGUAAUCAGGUUGAUAAAGUUUCGGUAUUAUUCAUCAUUUGCCAGAUUGCAUGAAUUUGAAAUUCACGAAUAUGAUUUUUUUUUCCUCUCUAUGUUAUAGUCGACACAAUCAAAUAAUGGUGACAUCCCUUAACGGAUGCAGGGGGCCAAGAAAAGAGAUGGAAUGGAAGAUAACAUUUAUUACGCAUCGUAUCAAAUGGAGAACUUUAGCGCCAUGCUGUGAUAAUUAUUGCUGGUAUUGGUGAAUGGAAACUUCGUCGUGAUACUUUGAAUUAAGCUGCGCUAUUAAGUUGUCUGUGCUGAUGAUGUAGCGGAUCAUAUUGGUCUUGGUCAUAUUGUUGUAUUAUUAAGUCUACUUCUGGUACAAUGAAAUCGUAUAUAAAAAUAAAUCAUACCUUAUUGUAGAAGAAAUCAUCAUGAAUAUACAUUUUCAAAAGCAUAUUGUUUAUAAGGGUCAAACAGCUACAGUCAGC